CCUCUGGGAAUGCAGCGCGCCUGCGCGCGGCCUACAUCCUGUCUGGAUCCGAGGCUCGAUUGCGGCCGCCCGAGCCGGAGGUGGAGCAGGAGAAGGCGAAGGAUGGUACUCCAGAUGUGGAUUAAUGGUCCGGAUUUGCAAGGCAGAAUGUCCAGAAGCAGCGGCUCGACAAGGUGUGCUGCAGCUCCUGUGUGUCCCUGUUGUGACUGGGGUGAGAUUGCUCUCGUGUGGAGCUGCCUGUCGUGCGGGGUCUAAAUGGCGGCUCGGACAUGGCUUGGCCAAGAGUGGAACAGAGUAUGGACCCCUAACAGACCUGCCAGACUGGUCGUUCGCAGAUGGGAGUCCGGCUCCUCCACUGAAGGGACAGAUUCGAAGACGCCAGGAGUGUGAGGAGAUGGCGAGACGGAUUGUGAUGCUGACCAGUGAAAUGGAGCGGGGGAUGGAGAGAUGGAAGGAGCAGCAGGCAGCCCACCGAAGGCAGGAGGAGGAACGACAGCGCAAUCUGCCCAAUCCCAAAGGAGCUAAACAUGGAGGGAGUCUGCGAACACAGAGCCACAGGGAAGCAACCCCAAGCAGAACGAAAUAAAAUCAGUCAGAGCCUAA